GGGAUUUUCCCCCCGUAUAAAAAUGGAUGCACAAAGUGGAAAAUUGAGAAAUUGAUCGGAGGACAGCGCAGCCGCGAGCGUCUCAACUUUCACGCGGACGGGGCUUUCCAUUUAUAUAUUUGUUUGUUUGUUUGUUUAUUUGCUUGUUUUUUUUUAAGGCUGCGGUGGCACGAGCGCAAAGCAAACUACAAAAAGAAGGAGGAAACGCUUGAAUUGCCGGGACCCUUUGAAGUGCUCAUACGCUUCUUUUUGUUUUUAUACAAACGGCAACAACAUCAAAAAAAGAUCAAAGACCAGGCAUGUCCAGCUCGGAUUGACGCGUUGCCGGACACCCAUCCCUGUCUCUCUGUCUUUUUCUCUUUUUCAAAUUAGUCAGCUCGUUUCAGGUCGGUCGGAGGGAGGGGAGUGAGUGUUGGUCAUCAACUUUAGGGUGAUGCCUGCUUCUCUGCGUGUGUAUGUGUGUGUUUUUUCCCCCCUCGACCUCCUCCUCCUCCUCGCUCUGAGCUUCACCAGAUCAGGCCGCGCCUUCUCUUCUUCAACUUGUUGCACUCUUUAUCAUCAUCAUCAUCAUUCCUAAUAAAAACUCAACACAGAGGAGAUCCUGCAAAAGCGCAAUAAUAUCGACGGACGGGAAGAGGAAGAUGAUUGACAGAAAGCAAAGCUGAGACGGCUGCCCAUCAAAAGUAUCAGCCCAUAGAAGACGACUCGUAUCAGACAUCUCCCUCUCUCUUUCUCUAUUUAUCAUUCUCGGUUCUCCCAGCGGAUCCCUUUAAAGAGUGCGAAGCGCAGAAGAAGCUGGCAUGUUCCCUCACCUCUGGCACCCUCUGCUCGGUAACGCUCGGAUUAUUUUGUAAACUCGACCCCCUGAACACGCACUCUCUCUGUAUCCUUAUUCGCUCGACCCGUCCAUCCGCGCUCAGGCAGCCAUGCGCGUGUGGUUGAUGGUGACCCUCCAGGCGGCCUGGCCGUGUUUCUUCGGACUGGCCAUGCAGCACUACCCCACCACGUGGGGUCACUACGACAUGUGCAAGUCGCAGGUUUACACAGACGACGGACUCACCUGGGAUUACAUGGCCUGCCAGCCCGAGGCCGCCGACAUGACCAAGUACCUGAAGGUGACCCUCGAUCCUCCGGACAUCACCUGCGGAGACCCGCCCGAGACCUACUGCGCCCUGGAAAACCCAUACAUGUGCAACAACGAGUGUGACGCGUCCACAGAGGAACUUGCUCACCCUCCAGAGCUAAUGUUUGACUUCGAGGGUCGCAACCCCACCACCUUCUGGCAGUCCAGUUCAUGGAGGAAGUACCCUAAACCCCUGGCAGUGAACAUCACACUAUCCUGGAACAAAACCAUCGAGCUGACAGAUGACAUCGUCAUCACGUUCGAGUCUGGUCGUCCCGAGCAGAUGGUGCUUGAAAAGUCAUUGGACUAUGGGAAGACAUGGCAGCCAUACCAGUUCUAUGCCACUGACUGCUUAGACGCCUUCACCAUGGAGCCGAAGACGGUGCAGGAACUGUCCCAGUUCACUCUGCUGGACAUCAUCUGCACAGAAGAAUAUUCCCGUGGAUAUGUCUGGAAGUAUGACAAGACUGUGCGCUUUGAGAUCAAGGACCGCUUUGCCCUGUUUGCUGGACCACGUCUUCAUAAUAUGGCAUCAUUAUAUGGCCAGCUGGACACCACGAAGAACCUGCGAGACUUCUUUACCAUCACAGACCUGCGCAUCCGGCUCCUUCGACCCGCCACUGGGGCCACCAUGGUGGAUGAGGGCAACCUGUCCAGAUACUUCUAUGCUAUCUCUGACAUCAAGGUGCAUGGAAGGUGUAAGUGUAACCUGCAUGCAAACAGCUGUGUUUUUGAUAAGGAGAAGCUGAUCUGCGAGUGUGAGCACAACACCACGGGGCCCGACUGCGGACGCUGCAAGAGGAACUACCAGGGCCGAGCCUGGAGCCCCGGGAGCUACCUGCCUAUACCUAAAGGCACGGCUAAUAUCUGUGUGCCAAAUAAUGUGGGUCCAGUGAUCCGGCAGAACGUUUCAUCUCUAGGUGUUGCUAACCGAAAUCAAGUAGCUCCUCAGGUUGAUUUGCCCACCGUGUCCUCGGUUCAGAGAGCCCGAGUGUGUGAUGAUGAGCUGUUGCGCUGCCAGAACGGCGGCGUGUGUGUGAACAACGUGAGGUGUCAGUGUGCCCCGGGAUACUCGGGCCUGCUGUGCGAGAAAUUCCGGUGCGACGGUGAAGCCGGCUGCAGCUCGUCUGAUUCGGCUCAGACCUCCAUCCCAUCCUCCAUCGCUAUCAUCAUCCUGCUGCUUCUGCUGCUACACUCCUCCUGGGCUUUUACCCUCUGAGAAACACACACACACACAUACAAAAUACAGGAUACACUACACAUAAAACAUAAUACAACAAGCAACUCCUGCACACACACAUACACACACAAGGCCGAUCAUCACAGAUCAGAGCAGAAUCCUAAUUUGAGAGGACAAUAAAUAAAUCUAUAAAUAAAUAUAUAUAUAUAUGUAAACAUAAUUAAAAAAUAUUACAAACCUAUGAAAAGAAAAGAAUCACAAGAUGUUAUUUAGAGAAUUUAUCUGAGCAACGCUUCAUCAAAGCAUCAGUCUGAAGGAGUAUCGUGGACUAAGCCAUAGCAGAAACUCAAGCUCUCCUCUUCCUCCUUCUCCUCCACCCAGUCCUCUUGCUCUUCUUCAUCCUCUUCCUCCAACAGCCCACACCUCCCCAUCCACCAAGAGCAAACAGGAAGUCAGAUCUUGCUACUUCCUCUUUAUCGCCACGGUAACUUGGGAUUGAGAUGGCAAACGCUUGCAACUUUGGACAACUUUGGACUGCUUUUUGGCUUCGCUCACAUGGAGAAUGUGUCCGGAUCACGAGGACUAUUUACAAAAUUGUAAAAAAAAAAAAAAAAAAAAGAAAGAAAUAAAACAUAUAAUAAAAAAAAAUUAAAAUAAUAAAAAAUAAAUUAAAAAAAGACUCAUGAAAAGAAAAAUAAUAAACAUUCUUUGCUGUCAGUGCAUCGUGGAGUGCGAAAGAGAAAGAGAGCUGCAUUUAAAGAAAGUCCAUCAAUUUUCACCCGUAUUUAGUGAAAAAGCCUCAACGGUCACUAUUUUCCCCCAUUUUUUUAAAUUAUUAUUAUCAUUUUAUCGUCCGACAUCAAAGUCAGUGCGGCGCUUGUGUAUUAGCUGUCCCUGAAAUAUAAAUAAAACCCAUGAAAAAGUGCUUAAAGAAUCAUCAGCAUAUUUAAUUUUUGUAUUUACAAAGAUUUAUUUUCUUUACAAUAAAUAGCACAUAAUUUUUGUAUUAUUAUUAUUAUUAUUAU